GCGCGCAGCGGUGCGUUCGAUCAUAGGGGGAGAAAGAGUCGCCGAGGAGGAGAACGCAAGAGAGAGGGGAAAGUCUUUCUACGACAGCACCACGGCUUGGGAAGAAACCAACUGUCUCGAGUUGGCUGGGAUGGAGCUGAGCAUUUCCAUUCUGAGCCGUGAACGCAGUUUUUUCGCGCCGUCCGCAUAGAAGUCGUGCACCGCGGUCGGGGCAUUUAGCGCAGGGCCAGGGGGCAGUCUGCUGUCGGUCCCGAAGGGUUCGUGGAGCCGUAUGAAUUUGUUGCUAGCAUCGCUCAAAUGCUAGUUAGCCUCGCUGCUAAGCAGCUAGCAAAGACUGCGAGUCAAUUGUGUCGGUGAUUUCUUCCUUGCGCCUGAAAACUGUUACAAUAAUUAAUUGCUCUCGAAAUUUAUUUUCGCGGUCGUGUUUUUAUUUUUCCUAAGGGGGGAGACGUUAAUAAACCAACUGUGGAGUUUCUAUUUUGAUUUAUUACCAGCGGGCACUUUUUUUCUCUCUAUUAGCUUGUUAGCAGCGCUGGUUGGUUUAGUCCAGCUUGUUAGUAACGUUAGUGUCGCUCCGUAUACUGAGAUUUCUCCUGCUUCUAGCUGUCAUCGACAACAACACGCUGAGGAAAAAGCGAGCGCCGUGUUUUGUUCGCACGCGUUUUUAGAGGUUUUAUAGCAGACUGCAAGUUGUUAAGAGAGGAUAUACUUUGAGAUGCAGCGCGUGGGAUACUUCAUGUUUCCAGGGACGCGUUUAUUUUCAUGUUAGAUUGCGCGCUAGUCUCCGGCGCCUACCUUUCGAUUUGACGUGUUUUUUUGCACCGACGCCGAUUUAAAAUAGUUUUUGCAGGAAUUGCAUGCCGUCUGGUAUAUUUCUCCCGCACAGACCCAUGCGUGCUGGUUGCAAACCAAUGCACUACAUUUAGACAACAUCCACGCGUCGUUUUAAUGUGGACAGAUUUCACGUUUCCAAUCUGUUUACGUUGUUUUUAUAUAGGCGUUCGUUAGGCUCCGGGUUAAUAGUUACGUUGGUGGCGGUACAUGGUCACUAAGGUAGAUCGGUGCACGGGCGUGAAACGUUUUCAUUGGUUUGCGGUGGGGAAACGGCGAAAUUUGGCGUAAAAGUAUUAUGGAUGAACAGACCCGAAUGCUGGCUAGCAUGGGCGGACUCGGCGGACUCUCUCAAGCCGACGUGGGUGACCCCGAUUCGGUUCGGAAGCAGCAAUCCCUCGGCCAGCCGCAGCAAGACAUUGGGGAUAUUCUCCAGCAGAUAAUGGCCAUCACGGACGAGAGCCUCGACGAAGCCCAGGCGAGAUGCUGGCCAGAGGAGGCACCGGCGCAGUGGACCCCACAGAGGGAGGGGGAGCUGGGGGGGAGCACAGCAGGGUGCGCCCUGCCGCUCAACUUCCAGCACAGGAAACAUGCCCUGAACUGCCACAGGAUGAAGCCGGCUCUCUUCAGCGUGCUAUGCGAGAUCAAAGAGAAAACAGUGCUGAGCAUCAGAGGCGUACAGGAGGAGGACCCCCCAGACCCCCAGAUCAUGCGUCUGGACAACAUGCUGCUGGCCGAGGGCGUGUCCGGGCCCGAGAAGGGCGGCGGCUCAGCGGCAGCAGCCGCAGCUGCAGCGGCGGCCGGAGGAUCGCCCAACGACGGCAGCAUCGAACACUCCGACUACAGAGCCAAACUCGCACAGAUCCGUCAGAUCUAUCACUCCGAACUGGAGAAAUAUGAACAGGCCUGCAGUGAAUUCACCAAUCACGUGAUGAAUCUGCUGAGGGAGCAGUCCCGCACACGGCCCAUCUCACCCAAAGAGAUCGAGCGCAUGGUGGCCAUCAUCCAUCGCAAGUUCAGCUCCAUCCAGAUGCAGCUGAAGCAGAGCACCUGUGAGGCCGUCAUGAUCCUUCGCUCUCGUUUCCUUGAUGCCAGACGUAAGAGACGCAACUUCAAUAAGCAAGCAACGGAGGUGCUGAAUGAGUAUUUUUACUCUCACCUGUCUAACCCGUACCCCAGCGAGGAAGCCAAGGAGGAACUGGCCAAGAAGUGUGCUAUCACUGUCUCUCAGGUCUCGAAUUGGUUUGGCAACAAGAGAAUUCGGUACAAGAAGAACAUUGGUAAGUUCCAGGAGGAAGCGAACCUGUACGCCGUUAAAACAGCCGUGGACGCUGCCAAUGUGUCGGCACAGGCCAGCCAGGCAAACUCUCCAGCAACACCCAACUCAGGUGGAUAUCCUGCACCGUGCUACACGCCUGACGGCAGGCUAUGAAGAUCUGUCAGGAAGUCCCCUUUAUGCCCCACACCGUGUAGACGCUAACAACAGCUGGCAAGACAACACUAACCCUUCGUCCAUCACCUCUCCACCAAGACCACCUGGCAGCAUCAACUCUGACACCUCCAGCUAAUCCACACACACACAUACACAAAGCAUCCCAUCAUCCAGCCUCAGCCCUGCUCUUUCUCCUGCCCAAAGCCCGUGUCCAAGGUCUUCCAUAGUCAUCCGUUUCACUUUCUCUACGGUGUGCAGAACCGGACCGUUUGGACCCACGCACGAGCAAAACGUUUGGCAGCGGCUGAAAGGACAACACAGGGUGGACGCUCCACAGCCCCCGUCCCCCCCCUGUCACCACGACCUCCCUCCUCGCUUGUACCAAAGUGCUGUCAAUGGUUGUCGCACCUUUCGUUCGACGAAGAACAACCUCCGACAACUGAACCACAAAGACGCCACGCAGAUCCUCUUUAGUCCACGUUUGCAGUUUUAAUGUUUCAGAUCUCCGCCUCACUCGCGCCGUCCUCUGGUGUUCAACGUUCUGUUAAGCACAAAACUUUCACCUGGUGGGUGGACGGAGCAGAAUCUGUGAAAAGGUACGCCGUACAGUUUGGUGCGAGAGAUCUGCAGUGGAAAGAAACCGAGAUGCGGAGUGACUCAAUUGUUCCUCAGCCCACUGAGUCUCUCUUAACAAGACGCAUUUUUUUUUUUGGUUUUGGUUUAGAUAAUUGUAUUUUGGUUCUUCACAAGGAAUGCACCAGCCACCAAAUAUAAGACUUGAGUCGGGUGGUAGGAAAGGGGUUGAAAGAUAGCUGGAGCAUUCGUUCGGAUUGGGACAUGGGGAGGGUAUUAGAAAUAUUUUUAAAGGGAAAGAAAAAAACAUGUUCCACUGUCUUCCAUGCAUGUAGAGUGUUGAUGUUUUAGCGGAUCCAUUUAGCCUAACUUUUUUUUUAAGAUAAAGUACUAUGAAAAAAAAAGAGAGAGGGUGAGACUAACAGACCAAAUAAACGAACAACUAUGUGAAUAAAAAAGAAACCAACCACGCCACAUUUCUAACUGCCGAUCCAGAGCUUUCUGUCAAAUUUCAGUGGACUUUUUUCACUUUUCUUUUUUUUAAACCGGUUACCAUGCUCUGUUUCACCCUGAAGACUUUUUUUGAGAAGGCAAUAGCAACCUGACUACAUGUGGUAUAGUUGUUAUACUACAUGCGUAUGUUAUACACGUAUUGUCACGGUCAUUGAAAAUAUGAGAUUUGUUAUGAUGUUACAAGAACUAGUUACAGGUAUCAAGGAUUUGUUUUAUUUGUCCUGCGGCCUCUCACGUUACUAUGUUGUGUGUGUAUGGGUGUCUGUUUUUUAAGGGGGGUUGGGUUGUCUCUUAACUCACUUUGCUGUGCUUUUGAACUGAUUGUAUUGUACGUGCAAUUGAAAGCACCUGUUCCUUGGUAAAAGCAUGCUGUCCCCUUUUUCGUUGCCUACAAAUUCACUAAACAAAGGAACUCUUUCUUGUUAUCAGAUGACAUAGCCAAGCGACAAGGGCUUUUCUCCUUCAAAUUGAACCAAAAAUAAGCACUGGAUGUGUUGGGAUUUGAAACAGACGGACUAAAGCUAAUACUGAGGAACAUCAGAUAAAUUUAUAUUUACUUUUAUCCUGGUGGAUCAAGUUUUUAUUCGGGACUUGUUUUAUGUUGAUUUUCUUCAAUUUUUUAUUUUCCCAAUGUAACCUUUAGUCGCGUUCUUUUGAUAUGAAUGGAAAUUCUAUAUAUGAAACAAAGGACUAAAUAACGUUGAAAUGUAAAUUGGGGUUUUGUUUAUAUGUACACAUAGGAAAACAAACUCUGAGGAGCUUUUCAAGGUAUUAUUCAAAUCAUCGUGUCCUCUAUAGAUUACUGUUAGUUAUAAACAUUUCAUAUGGAUAUCUCUAACUGAUGCUAUUACUACACCAAAAUGUCUUUGUUUUCUUUUCUAUCAGUCAUCUAUGGAUGUCACUGUACAGAUUGUGGAAUGUUUCAGUGUAUUUUCUCAUUUUGUAUGCCUUUUUCUUGUUUUGUUUUUUUUAAUGCUGGGGUGUCGGAUUUACUCACGAGAGUAAUAUUUGUUAGUCUUUGUAAUAAUAUUCAUUUUAGCGUUUCAGUUACGUUUUUUUUCGAUUCGCAUUCUCCAAGUGUUGUUCGGUUAUUUUGUGUGGUUUUUGGCUGAGCAUUUGUUUACAGUGCUGUGAAAAUUCACUUCGUUUAUCAUCACACUAUUUCACUAUUGAUGCUAAAGCUACAGAUGUGAGAUACAGAAGACAAAUGUUAUGGAGUUAUGGUGAUAUCAAACACUACACGUUCGUAGAAAUGGACAUGACAAAAUUUGGACAAUACUUUUAAGCUGAGGUGGAUUCAACAGCACUAAAUCAAAUGGCGUCAGUGUUUAUUUUUUCUCGAUUUUAUCAUUAUUUUAGUAGAAUUGUAGUACACGCUUCCUUCUGUAUUUACCAUUCUCUCCCUCUUCUCUACCUCUCCUCUCUCCAUUUCAUUUGUAUAUAAACCCCAUCAUUUUCAGACUUGGUAGUCUGUAUAAACUCCUUUUAUACCUCAACUUUAGAACUGUUCUAGUGAGAGAGAAAAAAAAGAAAUAUGAGAAAAUUGUAGUGUUCCUUAUUAGAAAAACAAAAACUAAUAAAAUAAUCUAGUGUGCUUUUGA